UUUACACUGGACGAUUUACAACAAGAUGAACAUGUGGAUGGCAGGAAUCAUAUUUGCUGUAUCAGUUGGACUGAGUGAGACUAAGAACCUGACAGGGAAAGCUGGAGAAAGCAUCACUCUGAACACUGGAGUCACUGGACUACGUGGCAACUAUCAGGUUCUCUGGUCAUAUGGUGUAGAUCAACGUGUCAUCAUCAACUUUGACAAUGGAAAACUGGAGUGGAAUGAAUCACAAAGAUUCCAGCUGGAUGAAAGGACGGGCUCUCUCACCAUUCUGUCUCUCCAUAUCAACGACAGUGGACAGUAUCAGGGCCAGAUCAUCAAUGGGAACGGGUCACAGCAGACCUUUAACCUGACUGUUGUGGGUGAGUGUUUGGAGGCGUGUGGAGAGGCUAAUCCUAAGAAUGUGUGUGUGUGCAUGGAGCUUCAUGCAGAAAAACUAGAAACAGAUAGUAUAAAAAGAACAUUCGCAGAUUCUUGUGAAUUAUUUAAAAUCACUAGUAACGUUGUUUUGCUCAGACUGGUUCAUUUUGAGAGAUACAAAGCUGCUGGAAGAGUUACAGCCCACAGUAUACUAGUGGGCUACGCUGUGAAUCUGGUCGCUUCCUGCCAGAAGGACGCCUUAGUCCGCUACUCCUCUGGGUACCCUGACUUUCUGGAGGAGGUCAUGUUCUAUCGGGCAUUCAAGGUGGCGCGGUCCAAGUCCCUCCAACCCGGUCAGGAGGGAGAGGCCCUUGUUGGCUUUUGGGACUUUAAAGUGGACACCCUGCAGAGCCUGUAUGAGUCUGAGGACCCCCAAAAAUCUGGCAGCUACUAA